UACUCCAUCGAUCCGACCCAAAGCACCGGAACCCUGCCGCCUUUCCUUCGUUCCUACCCAAAUCACGGCAGCCGCGAGCUGGAGACGGCGUUGACGGGACCAGCGGCGAGCACAAAGGAGAAGAAAGAUUCUGACAUAAAAGUAAAGAAGGCUCUCUACAGGGCCCGAAAGUUCUCUUCGAUUCUCCCUCACAAUCUGGAUCCCCAGCGGAAGGUAGCCUGCAUAUUACGGCGACGAUUGACAGUGAUUUGAAGUCCAUAUUCUACCUUUCGGCGAGCUCAGUGCAAGUUCUGGCAUUCGUUAUCUGCUAGAUUGCUUCGACCCGCUGGAUUUCUCCCUUCGAGGUGCGAUGAGAGGACUCGCAAGCGCGAGAAUUGUAUGUGAAGAAGGAAACUUCAAAGAAGUGCAAUAAAAUUACAAGUGAAAUUCACUCGCAGGCUUGCUUUCAAAACUUUUCCAAAGCUGCCUCCUUUUUUGUCAUUCAGGAGCCUUUAAGGAUAUGCACCGAUUCAAGAACAAGGUUAGAGAAUUAGGUUAUCUGACUUCAUAUAGAGGCUUCUUUUCAGCAUCAUCUUCCUCAUCUUGGGGAUUAGGCUCAACCGGCCUAUACCCAGAAAGCGGAAGGAGAUUUGAGCCUCUAAAGCGGGUGAUAGUAAUCUCUGGUUAUGGAAGUUGUUGCAGUUCUACCACAAGCAGCAUUUUUAAGGGUAUAACGAAGGUAGAAGGUGACUCAGUGCUGUUCAGAAAAAACUUAAGCCGGAAUGUAAUCUCAAUCCCUUCAAAGCAGCUGAACAUAAACCAUACCAAGCAUUGCUUGCUUCUUUGUAACAUGAGACCACUUUCAUCAAAUUAUUCUUCACAAUCAUCGCAGCAGGCAAAAGAGGAAUCAAGGAAAGCUAUCUCUACCGUUGAAGAUCCUUUCGAUGAUUCUCCCACAUAUAAUAUUCCAGAGAAACCUGUGACUUUUGUCGAGGGUGCAUCAUAUAGUCUUAUAAUACUUGCAGGACUUGGCGUUGCAGCUUUGGCCGCUUAUGCUGUGUUUAAGGAGCUAAUCUUUGAGCCCAAAGAGUACAAGAUUUUUGGCAAGGCGCUUGAAAGGGUUCAAAAUGAUAGCCAAGUUAAAGUUAGGAUUGGCUCCCCAGUGACCGGCUAUGGCCAAGAAAGUAGAAAUCGUGCUGCUCGGCAAAGGAUACCUAAUAGGGUUUGGAAAGAUGAAGAUGGUGUUGAACAUGUUGAGGUUAACUUUUACAUUCGAGGGCCUCAUGGAGCCGGAAAGGUGUUUGCAGAAAUGUUCAAGAACAAUUCGGACAAGCAAUGGAGAUUCACCUAUCUCAUUGUGGAGAUUAUGUCGCCAACACAUGCACAGUUGAUGCUGGAAUCUUAUGUUCCGGCUUAAUCCUGAAUCCGAAAAGGGGCUCUUCUAUAUUAUAUUUUUAGGUGAAUCUCCCAAACCUUAUCAUAAAUUUUCUAGUUAUAUCCUUGAAAAUAAUCAGAAUGCGCCAAAUGGUUUUUCUUUUUUU